AUGUUUGAUCGAAAUGUGGCUGUUAUCAACAACAGUCGAUGCAGUUAUAAACUGUACAGUGUUGUUGGUGUAUUUUUAGUAUCAAUUUUUGUGACUUUUACCAUUAUUUACAACUGCUUCAAGAGCAGUACUCUACUCUACACAUUCAAUGAAAACGAUGUUGCGCUGUAUGCCCCGUAUCUACCAAGUCCUAAAUUAAAAGUAAACACUAAUGAUGUUUACGCCGUUAUGUUUGAUGCUGGUAGCACGGGAUCACGAAUACACGUUCUACAUUUCGUGGAAGAUCAAACUGCAAAUUCCCAUUUGCGAUUGGUAGCUUCCGUCUUUGAACAAGUUAAGCCAGGUUUGUCAUCCUUUGCGGAGAAUGCAACUGAGAGUCUUGAUGGUCUCAAAUAUUUACUGGCCAUUGCGUUAGAUACCGUACCAAAGAACAAAUGGGAAGACACCAUGAUUGCUUUGAAAGCUACUGCUGGGUUGCGUCUUCUGCCUUCUACACAAGCACAGGCACUGCUUGAUGAGGCUUAUCACUUGUUUUUAUCUUCUCCAUUCAGAGUACGGCAGCAAGAUGUGUCCAUCAUGGAUGGUAUUUCAGAAGGCAUGUUUCUUUGGUUUACUGUUAACUUCCUCAGAGGUACAUUCUUUGAUGAUUCAUCAUCUCCCGUUGGUAGCAUUGAUCUUGGAGGUGGUUCAUGCCAGGUGGCCUUCGUACCACAAAACCAAGACACGAUACUUUCAUCACCCAAAGGACAUAUAGAAGAUAUCAAUAUCUUUGGCAAGAAAAUUAAGCUUUACGUACAUAGUUAUCUUGGUCUCGGAUUGCAGUCAGCACGGUUGGCAAUGAUGGGUGGGAAGGAAACUAAAGAUGAGACAGAGAACUUAUUUCAUGCCCUCUCUUCACCUUGCCUCCCACUGCACCAUGAAGAGGAAUGGGCAUUUGGAGGGGUGGAAUACACAGCGAGGGGGGCUGAACCGACCCGUAGAAGGUAUGAAGAAUGCUACCAUAUUGCACAAGAUGUCUUAGGCUAUCAAGUGCAUCAACCCAUUGAGCUUCAAGAUCAAAUAGUCUAUGCAUUUUCCUACGUAGUGGACAAGAUUGAAGAAAGCGGUUUCCUAGAAAUAGAUGAACCUCAGCAAAUAAAAGUACAGGAUAUUGACCUUAUUGCUCAAAGAGGUACGCAUGGUUUUGGUUACCAUGACAACUCAGUGUUAGUGCUACAAAAAAAGAUUGAAGACAUAGAAGUGAGUUGGGCCUUGGGAGCGGCAGUGCAUCUGUUGAGAGGGGAUGACAUAAGCAGUUCUGUAGAAGAAAUGCCGUCAGGGUGA